UCGUCCGCCGCCAUGGGUCGCAUGCACAUCCCGAGCUCGGCGUCUUCUUCGCCCGCCCGAAACCCUAGGAGAGAACUGGGACUCCUCGCCAACGCGAGGAAGCAUAAGCACAGCUUCAUACAGUUCGCUGCCAUGACCGGGAUCCUCCUCCUGAGCCUCCGGUCGCUGGGCCAGAAGUACCGCAUCCACGACCUCCUCGAGGACACCUCCGCCCUCAGAGAGGAGCGGGAGUCGCUCGCCGAUCGCAUGAGCAACAUCAAACGCGACCUGAGGCGCGAGGCUUCGCUGGACUCCACCGGGCUGUUGGCCUCGCGGCUUCGGCUCCUCUUUGGAGACGAGGAAUGACUCGGUGAGUGAGGGAUGUUAAUUCCGUAGGGUGAUUUGGGUUGCUUGCUCUUGUUGCUAGGGUUUGAAUUGCUCUGUGAAAAAUGGGGAUGCAUUUGUCUGAUAAUUUUCGGCUUUGAGAUGGAGUUGCUAUUGGAAUUAGGAGUGUUUAGAAGGCUGCCUUCGGCUGAGUUGGGUUGUGUACUGGUGGGAAAUUGUUUGGUUUGCUGGUCUUUGCUUGGGUUGUUUUGGCUCUUGGUUUUCAACAUGCCUCAUUUUUGUUUCCCAUUUGAUGUGCUUUGUGGUUGAUUAAUUGCAACACCAAUUUGAUCUUCUUGUGAGAGAUAGAUGACAUUGUAGAAUGCAGUCUGUAGUCACGCUGCGAAUGUUGAUGUAGAAAGAACUGACCAAAGUGCUUAAGCCUUCCUCAUGGUCCUGGUCCAAGGGCAGUUUGUCAGUGUUCCAAUCAGAUGUUUUAGACAAUUUGUGAUGGAAAAAGGGAUUUUCGGAAGCGCACAAAUCACCAUGAUUUGUAGUACCCUAAUGGUUUAUUAUAGCUAUACCUUUUAUUUAGAUUUAGGAGUUUCUUUUAUGUUCCGGUUGAAAACGAGAGAAUGCUAUAGUGAGAGGGCGUUCUGCAGUUAUCGACAUCUUGUCAAUCCUCCAACAACCAAGCUUUUUGUUUAAUUUUGAAACACGCGGCGGUGUUUUAAA